AUGGGCGCCCGAUACCGACACCUCCUUGCCCUGUUCUUUGUACUCCUGGUGUUGGGACUUGAAGUCCAUGGGAACCGCCUGCCCCAGGCAGAUGAGCCCGCCAGCCCUGCCCUGCUCGCCCAGGUGCAAGAAUACCUCCAUGGGUACUGGGAUGCAGCCAAGAAUGCCAUGAAAGACCUGUAUCACAAGUCCUACCUGCCCAGUGUAGACGAGAAAGUCAGGGACAUGUACAGCAAAGGCACAACAGCUAUGUCCACCUACACUGGGAUUUUCACUGACCAGCUCUUGUCUAUGCUGAAGGGAGACUAG